AUGGGUGAUUUCGUGCCACAUUUUGAACAGCGCGAGAGCGAUGCUCGAAGUUUUGGUCCGUCGCGUUUACCGACGCUUGGCGCUAUUCCAGUAAAAAAUGAUAAAGGACAGAUCGUCAUGCAGAAAGUCAAGGUGCAGCGUUACGUGGCCGGAAAAGUGUGAGAUGGAUCCGCGGUUUUCUUUAGAUACAACAAUUUGCAGGCCUGACUUUGCAAAUGAUUCUGAUGAGGAAUCAGAUGAUGAGCCGGUGAAGAAAGAGGAAAAAUUUGAAAGAACGAGAAGAGAUCGCGACGAUGAUAGGUUUUAGGGAUAUUUCUAAAAUAAAUAUCAUCAGAAGAAUUCAGAAAACGGGACAGAGAUCGUCACAGAGGACGUGACGAUGACAGAUAUUCUAGACGGGAUAGGGAUAAUUACGAGGAAGACAGGUAUGAAAUAACGAUAAAAUUUACAGUUUUUAAAAUAAUUUUAGAAGGAGAGAUAAUAGAGGGCGAGAAGACCGUCAAGGACCCAGCCGUGGUGCUGGUCCUAGUAGAGUCGUAGAACAGCCCGAGGUUUUUUUUUUCUGAAAUUCAAAUAAAGUUGAAUGCUUUGAUUGAAGAUUCUUGGUCGCCAAGACGAUUCUGACGAAGAUGAGGGAAAAAUCGAGGAACGACGUCAACGAGCUCGAAUGCGGCGGAUGGAGCUGAAUGAGGAGAACGAAAUGAGAAAGGUUCAGUUUGAAAAGAACAAAUCGUUCAUUCAUCCCACUAUUUGAAGCAAGAGGAAGAUGAACAAAGUGACGAGGAAGACUUUGAACGUCGCCGGCGUUUGUUACGUGAGAAAGCGAUCAAACGCGAAGCCGAGUUGUCUUCCAAGGUUUUCUUGUUGAAGUUUUCGAAUUGAUCAUUUUCGAGUUCAGAAAGAGGUGAAGGAAGAGUUGGGCGAAGAAGAAGAAGGGGAUGACGAGGAGGAAGAAGAGACGAGCGAGGAAGAAGAAUCUGAAGACGAAGACGACCCGGUGCCCAGACUGAAACCAGUGCGUUUUCCUUUGUUUUCCUACAGAAGUGAAUACUCAGGUAUUCGUCCGCAAGAAGGACCGGAUAACCCUUCAAGAAGCGGAAAAGGAAAAACAGUUGGAGGAGAUGCGCAAACUGGAGGAAGAAAAACGCAUGGAGGAAAGAAAGCGAGAAAGCGUCAAGGUAAAAAAAAAAUGAAAAUUGGAAGCUUGAAAGAAAUAUUAAAAAUAAUGGUUCCAGCUGGUCGAACAAGUGUUGCGCGAGGAGGAGGAAAUGGAGAAACGGAAAGAAGAGGACAAAGUCGACCUCUCUUCUGUGCCAACUGACGAUGAGAGUGAGAACAUGGCCUAUGAGUUGUGGAAGCUCCGCGAGAUGAAGCGUCUCAAACGAAACAGGUUUCUGAUUCUGUGUUAUCUGGAAAACUUAACUGAAAAAUACUGGGUUUCAAAGAUUUUCAGGUUUGUUGCAAAAAAAAAGUUUCUAUAAAAAAAAACGAAUCAUAACCAUAUCUAUUACUUGGUGGUGCAAAGACACGUAGCAAGAAAUUUUUAAUAGCAAUUCGUUAAUUUUUUCGCUUUUUCAAAAUAAGCCAGCCACAUGAGGUCAGACGAUCUCUUGAGGAUUCAAAGAAAUUGUAACUUAUUGAAGAAAAAUGUUUUCGUUUGAAAUGAUGUUUUUAAAGAGAUGAGCGGGAGGCAUACGCCAAGGAAAAGGCCGAACUCGAGAAAAUCCACAACAUGACCGAAGAGGAACGUCUGAAGUACUUGAAGGCCAAUCCGCGCGUCGUCACCAAUAAAGUUGACGAGAGGCUUCUCAUUCAGAUCUCAUGAUAUUCUCUUCAGCAAGACAAAGGCAAGUACAAGUUCCUGCAAAAGUACUUCCAUCGGGGUGCCUUCUUCCUGGACGAGGAGGAUGAGGUCUUGACGAGAAACUUUGCCGAGGCCACCAACGACGACGUUUUCGACAAGACUGUCCUGCCUAAAGUCAUGCAGGUAACAAUUGACUCUCGGCGCGAGGAAUAUUUUUAUGUUCAACGUUUUUUUACUCGUGUGAGUAGCAAAUUAAAAAAAUGAGAGAUUUUCAGAAGAAAAAAAUUAGCAAUCUAUUCGCCGUUCAUAAGUUUUUAUAGCAGAAAUGCUUCGCAAACAAAAAAAUAAUCUUCUUAAAUUUGUCCUAUCAUUAAUUAUUGUAAUCGGAAACCUGGUAGAAUUUUUCUAUUCCCAAAAAGCUGCAAGAAAAAAAUACUAUAAUUUAUUUUUAAGAGUCACAUUUUUUUAAUCGGUAUAACCAAUCUUGUAAAUAUCUUCAAAAACUAAUUCCAGCUGUAGGAAAUUGGUUUUUGAACUUAUUAAAGAGUUUUCUCUUUUUCUAGUAUGGUACUGUUCAGUUUUCAGUGAAAACCGCACUAAUUUUUAAAGUUUCCUUGAUCUUAUAGGGUUCUUUCUUCUUCCUCUACAUAUACAAUUUAUUUGGUUCUCUAGGUCAAAAACUUCGGAAAAGCUUCGCGGACCAAGUAUACGCACUUGACGGAGGAAGAUACCACAGAACAUCAAGGUGUCUGGGCCUCUCAAAAUACCCUCAACACUCAGUUCUACAACAAAAGAGCUGGUCAGUUCCUCUUUCUUUUCUUUCUUCAUCAUUUCCUUACAGGUGGAACGAAACCAGUUUUCGAACGGCCGGCCAUGAAGAAAAGGAAGGUGUGA